AUGGAGAUGGGAGGUGCUACAAUUGAUGGGGCUGAGAUAGCCCGACCAAGAUCUCCCUCAGCUCUUGGAGGGCCCAUAGGUCCGGGAGGUCCCCGCACUCCUUGGGGGCCCCGGGUUUCCUUUAGGGCCUCUGUGACCAGGCCUCCCUCGCCUUCCCCUGAUGCCUUUGGGGCACUGCACUUUGCAGGCCAAGCUGUUCGUAGCAAUUCUCAGUUAAAUCACUUAAAGCGAGGGAGGCCUGGUCAUAGAGGCCCUAAAGGAAACCCGGGCCCCCAAGGAGUGCGGGGACCUCCCGGACCUAUGGGCCCUCCAAGAGCUAAGGGAGAGCCUGGUCGGGCUAUCUCAGCCCCAUCAAUUGUAGCACCUCCCAUCUCCAUGGUGGUGAACGAGACUGAUACAGCCACGUUUCGAUGUAAGGCUGAUGGGUAUCCACAGCCCAAAGUCACGUGGUUAAAAAUUUAA